UUGCGUGAUACUUCGCGGAUUGAACCUUCACCUAUCCUACCUCCAAGGCGUCAACGACCUGUAACUCGUGCUCCUGAUCCUCAACUGGCUACUGUUUGUUCGAUGUCAAAUCAAUCCCCAGAACCCUCUAACACUGUAACCACAUCCCGUCCUACGAUUCAUCCCACUUCGCAAUCACCAUCCCCAUUAGCCCCAGAUAUCUCUUUGCGCCUUACCAACCCACUGUCACCAGUGGGUACCCCUGCAGCGCCCUCACCAUCAAACAAUCCCUACUCGCUGGUUGCACCACAGCCGGCGUUUCCUAUUCAGCUAUCACCCGAGGUUCCACGACGGGAAGGAUCCGCCGUUUCGAUCGUUCUUUCUCCGCUGGAACCUAGACCUUCGUUAUCCCUGAUGGAUCCCGAACCGACAUCCGAUCAUUCCGCAGUUCAUCUUCCAGUUGAACAUAUUCACUCCGCUCCAUCUCCAACUGAGCCACCGGUUGAUGUGCCUAAUAAGCAACCGGAAUCUCGAGAGAAAACCGAGGUUGAUCCUAAUAGUCCCGUUGCGCAUCAACCAGAUGUGAAUCUGGAUCAUAAUUCUGAGAGACGCGUGCUCCCCAAACGACAGGCGCAGCUGAACGCGAAACCGAUUCUCGACUUGUCCAUCACUCGUUUAUUGGACCUCACCGAACAUCAUUCAGCUCAGAAACCCCGAACUAAGCGUCGACGGCGCCUGGUUCAUGCGGACGAUGACGACGAUGAGAAUGACUGUCAAGAUACCAGUGACAAAAGAAAGACAGCGGUUUCUGAGAAAGGCGCAUCCACAACCAAAGGAAUACAGCAAAAGAAGACAGCCAUAACGGCGACAUCAUCAAAACCACGUGAAACUCAGCGACGGGAAGAACAUCAGUCUCAUGGCGUGGGUCGAGUGGUUGAGGUGCAGAUUUCCAAACCUGGUCGGGUUGCUUUUCGAGCUGAUACGAAACACGCCCUGUGUGCUUCCGCUGGGACGUCUGCCCAGUCAGGAAAGCAUAAUCCGCCUUCAAGAGUUACAAAAGAUGGCGAGUUUGUCAAGCCCAGUUUACGUCAACGAGAACUGGCUAAGAAAGAGGCUCAACGUACCGAAUCGUCGAAACCGACGACUAUACUCACUCAAAAUACCAGACCGCGCCAACACAUCACACCUGCUGGAGCUGAGAAAUCUCCGUCGGUCGUUCUCUCUCCGUUAAAAUCAGUUCACGGAAAGGUAGUCGCUCACGCGACAGCACCGCGUGCCACAUCUAUGGAGUCAAAUCAAGAUCAAAACAAUCGUUCUUAUCGACGUCGUCGUCUGAUGUAUGACGAUGAUGAGGAUGAGGGUAAGGAAAAUGAAUCCGCCAAGAACCCAGAUAUCAACCACAAAUCUGUGGCUAAAGCAGCCAAAUUGUUGGCAUCUCCAGUGGACUCCGCGCAUUCAUCAAAGGCAGGCUCCACGCGCACGCGGUCCAAAGUGAGUGAUAGCCUCUUAUUAGUGCAAUUUGACGUCAGUGGAUAA